AAAGAAUCUUCCCAACGAAUCAAAACAGCCAAUAUUUCUAACAUCACCCACACGGCUACGCGAAGGGCUUAGCGUUUUCAUUUAAUUUUAGGUCUUAUCCUCUGUAGUCUUCAGGAGAUCCAAAGAUGAGCCAGCGCCAGGGCCUUGAAUCUCAUGUUGCCAAACCAGAGUCCGAUUACCCACCCUCAGCAGACUACGCUCCCUACCCAAAGCUCGAUCCAAACGACGUCGCCCCGCCAAAGGAGGACUGGACAACAGUUACCAUAAGUUCGCAAACGCCUCCCCCCGUGUCGCAAAAUUCGGGUUCUCCAAUCUCUGAAUCUGCGUCAGAAGGUCCGGCUCCGAUUGCCCGCAACUCUGCCACCACUAUGCCUGUUGAGUCCAAUCCAUACAUCUCCUCAUCGCCGGCGCCAGCGUCAUCUAUGAAGAAUAAGAUGGAUUCAGUGAAGGAUGUGCUUGGGAAAUGGGGGAAAAAGGCAGCAGAGGCUACAAAGAAGGCCGAGGAUCUUGCUGGGAAUAUGUGGCAACACUUGAAAACGGGCCCUAGUUUUGCUGAUGCUGCUGUGGGAAGAAUUGCUCAGGGAACAAAAGUUCUUGCAGAAGGUGGUUAUGAGAAGAUCUUUCAACAAACUUUUGAGACUGUGCCUGAGGAGCAACUUCAGAAGUCAUAUGCAUGCUACCUAUCCACAUCUGCCGGUCCGGUUAUGGGAAUUUUGUAUUUGUCAACAGAAAAACUUGCAUUUUGUAGUGACAGUCCUCUGUCAUACAAAGUGGGUGAGCAGACUGAAUGGAGCUAUUACAAGGUAGUUAUCCCAUUACACCAGCUGAAGGCUGUCAAUACUUCAACUAGCAAAGUCAACCCAGCUGAAAAAUAUGUCCAGAUCAUCUCUGUUGACAACCACGAGUUUUGGUUCAUGGGCUUUGUACACUAUGAUAGUGCUGUGAAAAAUCUUCAAGGAGCAUUGCAGCACCAUUUUUGAUGCACAUAAACACGAGAUGUCCAUCUAUAUUACAGAAGGUGCAUCAUGUUGCCAACAAGUUGCUGUAAAUAAAUAUCUUGGGUUGAACAUGGAGUAUCUGAGGGCUGCUCUAGUUUGUUAUGGCCUAGUCAUAUUCAAUCCUAUAUCAACGAAACUCAAUGGUUGUGAGUAUUGUGAUAGGACAAGAAAUGGUAAUGAUUGAUUUAAUGUUAAAAUUAUGUUUGUAUUGACACAUUUACAUGUAAUAAGUAUCGAUUAUGGUAAAGCCAUAUGAAACUCAUGCCUUCCAUUCUUGUUCUUCA